AUGGAUUCGACCACGAAGAGAUUCUACACCAAUUUCUUUCGCUGGUCAAAGCGUUCGGUGUCAAACCUCGUUAUUCCCACUGGAGGAAUACCACCACGGAUUUUACCUGCUGAAGUAUGCAGCGCAAUCCAGACUAUGAAGGCAGCCACGGCUCCGGGACCGGACCACAUAUCGGCCAAUCUCUUACGAGCUGGAGGAUAUCGCCUAGAGAUACUUGUGGAACUCCUAACGUCUUACCUUCUAAAGGAAAGGAUCCCCGACCAGUGGAGAACCUCCCAACCAAUCCUCUUUCGUAAGAAGGGCGAAAAGGAGUAUUUUCGGAACUACUAUAAAAAUUCCUGCUGA